UUGUUUUGUCUCUGGGAAUUUGCCCUUUCAUUUUGUUUUGCCUCGGGUUGUUGCAUUGUUGCCCUGUUCAGCUUGAAUCUGUUAUUGAGAAUUCUUACUUUCCCAACGUUCUUUGUCAGUUCUUUGAUUUCCUUUGUUUUGGUGGUAAUUUCCUUCGGGGAGUUUUGCUACAAAGUAAGGUUGUGUAUCUGUUGUAAAUGAUGCAUAAUUUACGGAACGACACUCUUUAGAUAAUCAUCGGAGGGUGGAGUGAUUCGAGUUCACAAUGGAGCAGUAUGAAAUUCUAGAACAGAUUGGCAAAGGUUCCUUCGGUUCUGCUCUGCUUGUGAGGCACAAGCAUGAAAGGAAAAAGUAUGUCCUCAAGAAGAUCCGCCUUGCCCGUCAAACUGAUAGAACCCGUAGAUCUGCCCACCAGGAGAUGGAGCUUAUCUCUAGAGUUCGAAAUCCCUUUAUAGUUGAAUAUAAAGAUUCCUGGGUUGAAAAGGGUUGUUUCGUCUGCAUUGUCAUUGGCUAUUGUGAAGGUGGAGACAUGGCAGAAGCUAUUAAGAAGGCUAAUGGUGUUCAUUUUUCAGAAGAGAAACUUUGUAAAUGGCUUGUUCAACUCUUGAUGGCACUUGAUUACUUGCAUGCAAACCAUGUCCUUCAUCGUGAUGUCAAGUGUUCUAAUAUAUUCUUGACGAAAGAUCAAGACAUACGACUAGGUGAUUUUGGUCUGGCAAAAUUACUAACAUCUGAUGAUCUUGCUUCCUCUGUUGUUGGGACUCCGAGUUACAUGUGUCCCGAGCUUCUUGCUGAUAUACCCUAUGGUUCAAAGUCAGAUAUCUGGUCUUUGGGAUGCUGUGUAUAUGAAAUGUCUGCCCACAAGCCAGCCUUCAAAGCUUUUGAUAUGCAAGCGUUGAUUAACAAAAUAAACAAGUCAAUUGUGGCUCCUCUGCCAACCAUGUAUUCUAGUGCUUUUCGAGGGCUUGUCAAAAGUAUGCUGCGGAAAAAUCCAGAGCUUAGACCAAGUGCUUCAGAGUUGCUAAAUCAUCCGCAUCUUCAGCCCUACAUUCUUAAAAUUCACCUAAAACUAAACAGCCCCAGAAGAAGUACUUUUCCAUUCCAGUGGCCUGAAUCAAACUAUGUAAGGAGAACUCGGUUUGUGGAGCCAGAUUCUGUUUCUACCCUUUCUGAUAGGGAUAAACACUUGUCGUUUAGCAAUGACAGGGCCUUGAAUCCUAGUAUCUCUGGAACUGAGAAAGAUUCUCAGUGUUCUACUCAAAAUGGUAAUGGAUUUGCCUCUCGUUCAAGGGAGAAACUCUGUGAACUAACCAUUGGUUGUGUCCGCGAAGAAUACAUAGCUAACAAGUCAAAAGCCACAAAGUUCUCAACUGUUGACGGUAAUACUCCAAGAUUAAGAACAGCUAAGGAUUCUGCCACCCCGAGAAGGCAGACAACCCCAUCAAAAAUAUUUCAUACUGGUUCAAAGCGUGAUUCACUUCCGGUGUCUCAUACUCCGGCAGGAAAUUCUUCCCCACCAUCACGUAGAGCAUCGCUUCCACUGCGCCUGCCUACAAGAGUCAUGACCACAGAAACCUCUUAUAGAGCGAAAGUUGGCCUCCUCCAGAGUGUGGAGUCUCCAGACAUUUCUGUUAAUGCUCCACGAAUUGACAAGAUAGCUGAAUUCCCUCUUGCAUCUUCUGAGGAUGCUAUCUUCGCUGUCCCCAAGUCAUCAACAUCUGCCAUGUGCUCUUCUAGUUCACCAGUGGGUGCUGUUUGCUCAAUCACAAAGGACAAAUGCACUGUCCAGGUUGUGGACAAAGCCAUGGCAGCCCCUCCCAGCGUGAGUGAUACUUGUCCUGAAGCUUCAGGUCCAGGAUAUGCAAGUGAAUGCUCUGAGCGUGUCACGGCUGACGUUUCAAGUCGUUCAUCAGCAGAGUCACGACAGCACCGGUUUGACACCUCAUCUUACCAGCAACGUGCUGAGGCAUUGGAGGGGUUGCUUGAGUUCAGUGCAAGACUCCUGCAACAACAGAGAUUUGAAGAACUUGGAGUGUUGUUGAAGCCAUUUGGACCUGAGAAGGUUUCUCCAAGAGAAACAGCCAUUUGGUUGACGAAGAGUUUUAAAGAAACUCUGGUCUAGCCUAUGGUCUGAUGCACUUGCGAUCAAUCUAUUUGAUGGUGUACGUUAACAUAGUUGCUUGCGGAAUUUUAACUGACUAGCUUUCGACUUAAGAGCUACCAACUGAAUCUUAAAAUUCCUUACCAUUUUUCAGAUAGUCUAAUGUUAGAUCAUGUGUAAUUUGAUA